AUGUGCCGUGGUAGCGUCGCAGAGGGCCCAGGACCCUCUCUCCUCCUCCUCGUGCCCUCGAUUCGGGUUCUUUUUUCCAUCCAAUUUAUAUCCCGCUCUAAUCCGCUUCUUGUGACUGCCGCCGUCCUCUCUCCUGCUCUGAUGCCCCCGAGCCCCAGCUCUACCAAUUCCAAGGCCGGCUCCGACGACAGUGCUAGCCGCAUGUCAGAGGCCGCACUCAGAAAGAAGAAGAACGCCGACGCCCAAGCUGCUUUCCGUGCUCGCCGUGCAAACUACAUUGCUACUCUCGAAGAGACAGUCACCAACCUCGAAUCCGUUGUCAUUCAACUCCAGGACUCUUGUCGCGAAGCGAAGCGCGAGACCUCCGAUCUGCGUUCGGAGAAUAGUCGUCUGCGCCAGGAGGCAAAACAUCGCGAACGACAGCUGAGGAAGUACUGGCAGGGAAGGGCUCCCGACCCCGGCGGUGAUCAAGGAGAUGAUUUCCCUCCUGCCCCGCCGUACUCUGUUCACCCACCACCCAGCGCCGUUGCCACCUCCAUGAAUACGGGUCAUGUCGGUCAUUAUGCCGACGACAGUAUGCGUUAUCCCAGUGGCAGCGAUCACCCAACUUCCCUUGGUGGUGGCUCAUAUCAUGGGAAUGGCCAAGACUAUCCCCAGCGGUCACCAGCGUUAGGUUUUGCGGGCAGCGUGGACACGGACACCUCAGGUGAAGGUCGUUCACAGCACAUGGACUCGCACAGGAUGACACGAUAUGAUCAAUACCCGUACCCUCUCGACGGAUCCAGCCGCGAAGGAGCAUGGGCGCAGGCAUCGGGGCAUGGUGGCCCAGCCGCUAACGAUGCCGGUGCGCUCGAUAGUGGCAGUUCGUCGCACUCUCCCACCUUUGUUGAAUCUCCAAUUCUUACAUCGUCAGAGCUGGCUUACCCAAACCGUUUCUCGCUUGUCGAAGACCAAAAGGUCCCUCUAACGUCUCUUAAUUCAUCCUACAUGUUCCCCAUGAGUCGGUCUAUUUCUCCAGCAGCGUCCACACCAACGUCCACUUCAUCCACGUCUCUCGCUCCAGCACCCUUCCAGUUCACAUUCCCCGAGGGCAGUCUCGUCCAGGACCGUCCUGAAUUCAAUUUCCGCCGUCAUACUCAUGCUCCUGAACUGACACUACAUGGCGGCACCGCCGACAUCCCUAUUGCCGCACCAGGAGGUGAUGCUGUCCGCUAUCGUCUCGGUGGUCGCACCAACACCGCGCCUGACCGUCCAAUCGCUCAAACUCUAUCCCCAUAUUCCCGCGCCGAGAAUGGUUCGGGUGGCCGGGAGAGUGACGAGAGCGAGUCGCCAUCCUACACCUAUUCUACCCGAUCUCGCGCACGCAGCACCAUUUCGUCGGCGCGUGCCUCUCGAUCCCCUUCUCCAGGUCCUCCACCGAUUUGCGGUACCCUCGCAGUCAUCAAGGCGCAAGCAUUUGGUGCCUUGCGCCGAACACGAACGCGGUCGAAAAAAUCCUCCGAAGGAGCUGCAAAGGCGGCGGUGGAGGCUCUUGAAGCUCGCGGCAUCGGUAUGGGUGUCGCUGUUGGUUCGGCCUCAAAGCGGGCCAGGCUGUAUAUCGAUGACAGCGAUAUGCAGCCAUAG